AUGUUGGAAGUAGGCGACUUAGUUUACGUGUCGCUUCGCUGCAAUGGAGCCGUGGUCUGCAUAGUGGGUUGGGGCGUGGAGCUAGCUGACGACGAGAUUGUCAUUGGCACUAUCGCCGAAGUGGUUGCGAGCCUCAGCCAGAAGCUUUUGUCCAAGAGCGGUUCUGUUGCAUUCGUCCGUGUACCAGUGCUGGCAGUUACGACGGAAAAGCCUGAAGAUUGGAAAGGCCCCAAGGUGAAGGAUCUUCCGACUUUGAGUGCAUGCUUGGCUGCCUGGGAAAAGGCGGCCCGAGCCGAAUUGACCAGCAGCGAGGCCGAGGCUCCGAGAGCGAAGGCGGUCCCCAAGAGCAAAGAGAAGCCGGCGAAGGACCGGUUGAGCCGCGAGCUUGCGGGGCUGGCUGCGCUUUAUGGUGGGGCCGGAGAAGACGACGAGGACGACGAGAGCGAAGACGAGUCGCUGACCGGUGCCGGCCCGAGGUUCCUGGCCCCUGGGCAGAGCAGUGCCAAGACCGACAAGAAGAAGAAGGAGAAGAAGGGAGAGAAGGAGGGCGAGCUCGACUUCAAGCGCCUCUUGAUCAAAGGCCUGGCCGAAGGCGAGGACUCGAGCAAGAUGAUGCAGCUUAUGAUGAUGAGUCUUUUGAUGGAAAAAGGCGAGAAGAAGAAGCAGAAGGCCCGCUCCUCUCACGAUCCCCUUGGUUCGUCCUCCUCCGGAAGUUCGGGUUCCGAAGACGAGGUCGCCGGAAAGGGAAUGAAAGCGGUCCUUACCCUUCAGCAGUUGCACCGCCAGGUCCAUCGCAAGCCUCAUCGAGCAUGCCAACAAUUCGAGAAGGAAGUGACCGAGGAGCUGGGCAUCGUGGAGGGCCAGGCCUGGACCUUGAAGGACUACAUCAGAAAGCAGAACUGGGGAAGGUACCAAGGGCUACAGAGGUGCGCGGUGAUGGACGUGGCCGCCUACGAGCUCAUCCGGGCGGGGAAGCACGACAUUGCGGCGGCGCAGCUCAUCCAGAACUUGAAGGCGAAGAUCCAAGCCGUUCUCCAGAAUGGGGAUUGGCAGACGGCCUGGUUACUUACGGGGUUACCGGACCCCCUCAGUCGCAAAGAAUGGGCAGGCUCGAAGCAGGAGAUGGCGGUGGUAUCGGGCUACAUCGAGGCCUUGGCGAAGCUGAAGAAGCGUGUGGCCCAGGCCGGUGCGAGCGCCGAGGGAGAGGCCGAGGCACAGCAGUGGUGGGCUAAGUCAUUCGUGAACACGUUCGUGGCUUGGUCGAACUAUGUCGUGCUCGGCUGCCCGCGGCUGGAGGGAGGCGCAUGCCAGCCACGAGUGGGCUAUCGCAGCAUGGAGGAUGCUAGAUUCUUCUGUGAUAGGCUGCUUGGUGAGGUGCAAGAAUUUGCUUGUCACGAGCUUGUUGUGGGGGUUUUGGAGUGCGAUGGUAAGAGGGCCGUCGUGGAGGAGCUUCUUCAAAACGUCGUGACAGCAGCAGGUGCAUGCUACGGUGCUCCAGCCCAGGCUGGAUCUUCGGCUACUACGGCGUUGCCGGUUGUGGCUGCUCGCGUGGCUGUGCCGGAGGAGGCUGGAAAUGUAGACCCUGUUGAUUGGCUCCCGGAGGGCCAGGCGGCCGUGCUGGCGAAUUUGCCAGCGCUCAGGCUUCCGGAGGAUCAGUGGGAUGAGGUGCCCGUUGCGUGCCAUCAGGUACCGCUCCAGGAGGAGAAGAAUGUGGCCGCAAAGCUUUUGGAGACGGGGAUGGCAGUUCUUGUCCCAGAGAGCGACCUGCCGCGUCGAGAGGACGGUCGAUUACUAGUUGGGGGUCUUUUUGGGGUUUCCAAGAAUGCCUCUGAGGAUCGUCUCAUUUUUGAUCGGCGACCAGAGAACUCUACGAUGCCGAGGCUGGAUUGGGCUGCCCUGCCGAGUGGUGCAUGCUACACGCGUAUGCUGCUCCAGCCUGAUGAGUUCUUGAGAGGGUCCGGGGAUGAUUUGCGGAAUUAUUAUUACGCCCUGAAGCUCCCCGCAAACUGGAUCAAGUUUAACUCGGUGGGCAGGCGUGUGGACAAGGCCUUGGUUUCAGCUUACGGCGGCGACCCAAACAUUCCAUAUCGGCUUUGCUUUCGGGUCUUGGGGAUGGGUGACGUGAACGGGUGUGCCAUCGCUCAGGCGACACACGAGGCCGUGCUCAAGUCCGAGGGCGUGCUAGCCUCGAAGGUGACAUUGCAGUAUGGUGCCCCAGUCCCAAAAACCGACUUGUGGGAGGGGGUCUACUUGGACGACUUGCUGGUGACGCUCCGCAAGAAGGUCCCGGGCAUCGUACCACUAGAUGGCUCUUUCAUACCGCCCGUGCCGCAGGAGGAUGACCCCGAUGUGAAGGAGAUCCGGAGUGCUGAGACAGCAUAUGAUAAGGCCGGACUUAAGCGCGCCAUUCACAAGUCCUUCUGCAUGCUGUGCCGCUUCCGCGCAUGGGGUGCAGAGGUCGAUGGCGUGAUGGGCAAGGUUGGAGCUCCUUUGCAAGUUCGUCGUGAGGUUUGGAAGUUGCUUUCGUUGAUUGUGCGUCUAGGCUGGGCUACGAAAAACAUCCUGGAAAAGAUUAACGGCUUCGUGUGCUUCAUUUUCCAGUACAGGAGCGAUGGUGUCGACUACCCGACCAUAUCCGUGAUGAGCUCAGAAGUGUCAGCUUGUGGUGCGGUGCGGGCGGACAUCACGCCGCAGCUGGCUCAGGAGCUCUGGGUACGGUCUGAAGUUCGGGGUGAAGCUGUCCGGUUGGACCGCAGCGAGGCCGCUCUCUUUUUGGAGGUGGAGCCCGCGGAGCCUUCGAAGUUCGUCAGCGCCUUAUCGGAGUGCCUGAGCUGGCGAACCACAGCAGGUUACACUUUCCGCCAGUCUUCUCACAUCAACUUACACGAGUUACGUGCAUUAAGACGUGAAAUCGUGAAACUGGCUUCGAACUUUGACGCGGGUGGCCUCGUGCAGCUGGCCCUUAACGAUUCAAGGGUCGCAAUUGGAGCGGUGGCAAAGGGGCGAUCAAGUAGUUACAAGGUGAAUGGGCUAUUACGUGCACAGUUGCCCUUUAUGAUCCUAGGCGAUAUUGCACUAGCUCUCCUUUGGGUCGAGACGGAAAGCAACCUCGCCGACCAUCCGUCUCGUUUCCGCGAACUCCCUCCACCCACGUCACCCCGAGCAUGGAUGGCUAAGUACGGGGUCCUUCUGAGGGAGAAUAUGAUCGGCAUUGAGGUUGUGACGGCCGGAUGCGAGGUCACCACGGCGCACAGAUCGGAAGGCCUGGAGAUGUGUGACCCCUGUGAUGUUCGAACUGGCGCCCCGAUUGGGGAAGGUGGUCUCGCUGACAUGAUCGAGGGCGGCCGCCUUGGUUGGAUGUGGAUUUCUCCUCCUCGCCUUGACUCCCGGGGCUCGGUACGAGCCUGGACACGUGCCCUUGCUUUGGCUGCCCUGAUGUAUAAGGCUGGAGGCUUCUUCAUCAUUGAGCACCCGUGCUGCAGUCGAGCCUGGAGCCUCAGAGUGACCGAACUGUUCGAAGGCAGAGAAGUUGCUCGUAAACACCAUGUUGUUUGGACUGCGGGAGUGGAUCGUCUUGCAUCUUCGCGCGAGGGAGUCCCCACCAUUCUGUACUCCAAUUGCCCUUGGCUGAAGGCGGUAGUGAGUGGGUUGUCGGAUCGUCGUGCGUAUGGAGACUGGGGCCGAAAUCGGCCGGUUGUGGAUCGCUCAAUCUUCUGUCGAGCCCUAGCUCAUGCCUGCCGGGCGUGGGCGAAGGGCGCCUCGGUUGAGUGA